AUGCCGACCUACGCGGCCAUGAAGAAGCCACUGAAGUGCGACAUUGUACUCAGUUUCACACCGAAUCCGCCGGGCCGGUGCAACUGCAGCUACGGCUCUCGAAAUAUGCACUAG